UGCCCAACUUUAUCGGAACUCUACUAAACCAAGCGGCAGUCAGUGCAACGUCUGGAAUGGAGGAGACACAGGGCAGGCUUUUGGAGGGAGCAAGAACAGAUGCACCAGACUUGGAAGCAUCCCCUGAGGGCUGUGCCCAUGCCCCAGAGCAGACAGUAAUGCCCCAGCCUAAAGCCCUGGGAGCAUUCCCUGCUGAAACGGAGGCUCAGGAAUCCCCCAAUUCUGCUGACAGAGACUUGGAGUGCCUGGUGUGCUGCCACCGAUACAGCUGUGACCGGCUGCCCAAAGUGCUAACCUGCCAGCACGUCUUCUGUGCAGUGUGCCUGAGGCUCCUUCUGACCAUCCGAGAGGACUCAUGGAUGGUCAUCUGCCCCCUGUGCCGGUCAGCUACCUCUGUCCCAGGGGGGCUGAUCUGCAACCUUCGGAACCAGGUGGAGGUCUUGGGGAGGCUGAUGAGUCUCAGACCUGAGGUACAGCUCUCUCCCCAGCAGCUGGCUCAGCCCACGGGAGAAAGGGUGGCCAUCGUGAUGGAUGGGGACACUGAGGACUUGGCCAGUGCCAAUCGACUGGCCGCCCGGAGACUGGGUGUCCUCCUAGGGCUGCUGGUGCUUCUCAUCUUCCUCAUCCUCCCUUUUGUCUACCCUGGCAUGAUCCGGUGGGUCCUGGUCUUCAUCAUGUGCCUGGCACUGCUGCUUUCUUCUAUGUUCUGUUUCCUACCAGGCAGCAGAGGCUGCUGUAGCCCUGCUAAAACCCUCCUGCCCGGACAGCAGAAACACAGCCAUGUGGCUUCCAUUGCCUGACAGGUCCCUGCUGGGGAAAAGGGCCAAUGAAAAGAUUCCCAAGAGGAAAAGACUCCUUCCAGCCAGAGACUUCCAUAUUUCAAGGAACAGGAAGCCAUGGGGGUCCUCUCUGAUACCGUGGACUAGCUGUUUGUCUCCCUUGGGAACCAAACAUUCCCUGGCCUCAUUGGAUUCAAACAUUGGAAAGUUGUCUGGUUCCAUGGGUGUGUGUUUGGAAGAUGAGGCAGAACCCAGCUGCUCCAGCCUUUGUUGUCCGGACUUCUAGGCUUUAGAUGAGACCUGUUUAGGUUGGAGAUGGAAGCCUACAGAUGAAGAGGAAGAGGACCCUGGGGAUAUUGCUGUGUUUGCUUUUUACCUUGAACUGAAACAAUUAUUACUAGGUGGGUUUCUCACGCUAUCUCUGUAAAAGGAAAGGGUUGGUCAUCACCAAUUCCAACACACUUGUUCUGAUGUUCUCAUAUUAAGACCCCUUCCAACUAUAACAUUUUGUGUUUUAAGGCUCCUACCUCUGAUGCUCCAUCUUCUAAGACCCUUCCCAGCUCUAACAUUCUAUGUUCUAAGGGUCCUCCCAGCUCUUACACUUCAUAUUCUAAGAGCUUUGGAGUUCUGCAUUCUAGGGUCCCUUGCAGUUCUGACAUCCUAUGAGUCUAUGAUUCUGUGAUUCCCAACCAGGGAAGAAUUGAUUCAUGCACUUCCAGGCAUUAGGAUCCCCAUUUAAGCUUUGUCAUAAAGAUAAGAAGAGUCAUAAAUACAACGGUUCUUACCACCAACCUCCACCCCUUUCCAACAACUGUUUAUCUGGAAAGUUUUCAUUUAAUGUGUCACUGGGGUGAAGGCCAGGGUCAGAUGAAGGUCCUUCUAGGCCUUAUAGACCUCUCUCUGUUUCACAAGCCUAUUGGUUGAUGCCUUUUUCAUAAGUGUAUUGAUUUCUCUGAGCAGAUAGAUGACCAAAACUAUCUUAUGUGUCUCUAUUUAUUCAAGAAGAGACCUUUGUUACAGCUUUUUAGCAAAUAGCUUCCAAAAAAAAUAAACCUUCACUCUCCCCAUCCCACCAAAAAAAAAAGGCUCACAUGGUCAAAACAUUUUCCUUUGGCCUUCAGCACAGUGGGCCUGCUGGGCACAUUGGAUAAUGGGGCCAUCUAGAAAGUCUGAGGCACUUUUUUUUCCCUUGUCGUCAUCUCCAAGUUAGAACAACUCUCGAAGGAGCAGACAUGUUAGAAGGCUCUCAGCCAACUUUAACGGGCAUCUUCAAGUCCUUUAAUGUUUGAGAUGUCUGGGUGCCUAGCCAAAGGAACCUA